CAUUGCCCCAACACCAGGUCGUUUCAUUUUCUCCAGAGCAAACCCCUACCAAUCCAAUAGCCAAAAAUUUAGAAAAAAAAAAGAAUGUAAAAGGAGAGCAUGAGCAGCUGAACAUACCCAAAGGCCAAAACCCCAAAAACAAAACAGAACAAAAAUUAUACCUCAUCUCUGUCUCUCUCUCCUACAUUAAAUGCCCCAUUCAGACAGGCUCAUGUCUUUUACCUGAAUUCUCACCCAACUGGCCAGCUCCUUUUUUUUUCUCGUAUCCACCGCCAUUUUCAAUUGGUACUAUCACACUGAUGCCAAUGCUGUAAACUAAAAGACAAUAAAACGCAGGGAAAAAAAAAAAAAUAUAAGAGGGACACAUUCAAUACCCAUUUCAUGGCAACAGCAACAACCACAACUACAACAAAAUCAAUUUCUACAAAGACAUCGUCUGCUCAGCUCAAAGUCCAAGUCCAACCCAUCAAGCCCAAACGCCGCAAGUGUAAAGAAACCACCAUUUCUUCCUCUGCCUCCACGGCUGCUCCUACAACUGCAACAACUGCCGCGACAAACAGCUACUCGGAGUCGGGGUUUUCUGGGGUUUUGACCCGGAAACUUGACCCACCCACCAUUGUUUCCCCUGAUAACACUUGGUGCUGUCCUGCUUCAAAACCCCUUCCCACUCCCCCCCCUCCCCCUCCUUCUCCUCCUCUUCCACCGCAAGCUCGCCGUGGUCCGGACCCGUGUUUCGCUGAUUCUAUAUCUGGCUUCAGGAUCCGAUAUUCUCCGGGAAGUCUAUCACCCGUUAUGGACUUCACGGGCGGCACAACGCUCUCCAACGGUCACUCUCCGUCGAGCUUCACCAAGUUCAACUCUGCUCUCACGGCGGGUCUUCUAAACCCGAUGUCCCCUCCGCCUCCACCGGACAAGACACGAUCCAGCCCGACACUUUUCGAAAUGAUGGCUAGCGAGCCCGAUAUACACCCAAGAAACCAAUCACAAAACCAAGCCCAGAUCCAAGUACCCAUUUCAGCUCCAAGACAAAAUCAACCGCCGCCAGUCAUCGAUAAGCAGGCAUUGACUAUGCAACGAAUAUCGGAUCUUUUGUCGAACCGGAGCCCUGGCAACCAGUUUAACGACCCGGGUUCGAGUGAUAUAAAGCUGACGUUGAGUUCCAAGGAUGGGAUUAGUGUGUCAAUGAACGUCCACAGGCAAAUUCUGGUGGCUCACAGUAGGUUUUUUGCGGUCAAGUUAUCGGAUCGAUGGGCAAAGCAGCAGAGAAAUGGAUCGGGUGGGCCGUACAUUGUGGAAAUAGCCGAUUGUGAUGACGUGGAGGUUUAUAUAGAGACUUUGAGGUUGAUGUACUGUAAAGAUUUGAGGAAGAAGUUAAUGAGAGAGGACGUUUCUAAGGUUCUCGGAAUUUUGAAGGUUUCAGCGGCAAUUGGAUUUGAUGCUGGGGUUUUGUCUUGUUUGGAGUACUUGGAAGCUGCCCCUUGGGCUGAGGAUGAAGAAGAGAAAGUGGCUUCUCUAUUGGCAGAGCUCCGCCUUGAAAAUGUUGGAGCAGGGGAAGUUUUAAAGAGGGUUUCUGUUGAGGUUACUAAUGGAACUGAUGAGGGUGGCGAUAAUGAAGAAGUGCUUCUCAAGCUUUUGCAUGUGGUUCUUGAAGGCAAAGAUGAGAAGGCAAGGCGUGAAAUGAAAGGAUUGGUCUCGAAGAUGCUUCGUGAGAAUUCAUCUCAGAAUGAUCUCCGAAAAGAGUCUUUGUAUUCAGCUUGUGAUGGCUGUCUGGAGCUGCUUCGACACCAUUUUCUCCGAGCAGCUUCAUCUGAUUUGCAAGAUGUGAGUCAGAUUGCAAGACAAGCAGAUAAUUUGCACUGGAUUUUGGAUAUUUUGAUUGAUAGGCAGAUUGCUGAGGAUUUUCUAAAAUCAUGGGCUUCUCAAUCAGAAUUAUCUGAUGCUCAUUCUAAAGUUCCAGCUGUCCAUAGGUAUGAGGUCAGCAGAGUUACUGCUCGGCUGUUUGUGGGAAUUGGAAAGGGGCAGUUAUUGGCAUCAAAGGAAAUGAGGUGCUUGCUUUUACAAACAUGGUUGGUGCCAUUUUAUGAUGAUUUUGGGUGGAUGAGGAGGGCAUCAAAAGGCCUUGAUAGACAUUUAAUUGAGGAUGGUCUUAGUAAUACAAUUCUCACUUUGCCUCUGGCUUGGCAACAGGAAAUUUUGCUUGCUUGGUUUGAUAGAUUCUUGAACUCUGGUGAAGAUUGUCCAAACAUUCAAAGAGGUUUUGAAGUUUGGUGGAGGAGGGCUUUCUGGCGACGAAGUGGUGAACAAGAACCACCAAGGCAAUUACAAGUUACAACCGCAACCAUUGAGAACUCAUAAAGUUCCUAUUUCCAUGGUGCAGAAACCAGUGGUACUUUAAUGGGCAAGAUGCUGAAAAAUCAGGAUUUCUAUCACUUCAUCUGGCUUAUUUUAACAGUGUCAUUUUCACAGCUGCUGAUUAAGGAAGCAAAGAUCUGCCCCACCUUUUAUUCAAAUUUUUGCAGAGCUUCAGAGACAAGUAGGCCUUUUAUUUUGUCAUAAUGAAGUACAUCUGGGGUUGCAGAACUUUAAAAAAAGGGGCUGCUAAUUUUAGCCAGAUACGCUCCAGAAUACUGGAGCCAGGAUGGUGCUGAAUUUAUGGCCUUCUGAUCUUAAGACUGGUGUGAAAAAUCUUGAUUGUAGAACGCAGAGCAUCCUAUACGAUGGUGCAGAGAAGAUGAUGACUACUUUUUGGUGGCUUUGCUGACAUUUGUUUCAAUGGUGAAUGUUGAAAUGUGAGCCAAACUCCUCAGCAUCUUUACCAUUAUUUUAGAAAAGAAAAAUGAUGUUGGGGAAUGACUUUCUUUACUGGUUUUCUUGUGGGAAUAACCUAGGAAUAUGUUUGGGAUAACUUCUCCCAAGUGUAAUAUGCGGGUAGAGGUAUGUGGGGAAAUAAUGUUCUUUCCUUCUUUGUGGAGGAUUUGGGUUUUGAACUUUACUAGGAGAUAUUGGCUUUUGGUGGAUGGCUAUGGAAACUAUUUCAUGUGAUUCUAAAGUUUCUUUAUUACCUUUGUAAAUGCGCAUUGGCACCA